CGGAUAACCACCAUCAGCGUGACAUCUGUAGUCUCUCCUCCCUGCGAAGUCGACUCGAAGCCAUUCUUCUCCAUCUGCUUCCUAAUCAUCCAUCUCAUCUCGAGACGACAAAUUCCCGUUCGCAAACAACAACAACUAAUUCAAAUCUCGUUUCAAAGUCGCGCAUGCAAUAAAUUAAACAUCUCCUGUGCGAUGUCAGCGGCCGCGUUCUUCCUUCUCCAUCCCCAUCUCGGUCUUCUGUCCUCCCCACCAAACCCCAAUGUGGCCUUCUCCUCUUCCUCCUCCCAUCUCAAGCUCAGGGUUAGGGUUAGGACUCCUACCCCAAGAACCCUCGCCCGCUGCAGCACCAGGGAGAGCCCCAUGCCGCCCCGCCCCGAUGUGGACUACCCCGCCGCCGUCGACUGCGUCGGCACCGGCGCUGACGUUGAGUGCUACGCGGUGGACGCCGCCGAUGAGGGUGAUCAGCUGCUGCCCCCGCCCAAGAACCCCCCGUUGAGCUUCGAGAUCGCCCGAGGCGGCGACGAGGGGGAUCCCGUCGCCGGGUUGCUCGGGAAGGCUCUGGAUUGGGCGCUUCUGGUGUCACCCUUCUUCUUCUGGGGCACGGCCAUGGUGGCCAUGAAGGGGGUGAUUCCCAAGACGGGGCCUUUCUUCGUCUCUGCGGUCCGGCUGAUCCCCGCUGGGGCGGUCUUGAUUGGUUUUGCCGCGGCCAGGGGAAGGAAGCUGCCGGCGGGUUCUCUGGCGUGGCUGUCCAUCUUCUUGUUUGGGGUUGUGGACGCUGCGUGCUUUCAGGGAUUUCUUGCCGAAGGAUUGCAAAAGACAGCCGCUGGAUUGGGCAGUGUUAUAAUCGAUUCACAACCUUUAACAGUUGCUAUACUUGCUGCAAUCUUAUUUGGAGAAUCAAUUGGUGCCAUUGGAGUUGCAGGGCUCGUACUUGGUGUUAUUGGGCUUCUUCUCCUGGAGGUUCCAGCACUUUCAUUUGAGGGAAGCAAUUCAACAAUAUGGGGCAGUGGAGAAUGGUGGAUGCUUCUUGCAGCUCAAAGUAUGGCAAUAGGAACUGUCAUGGUCCGCUGGGUGUCCAAGUAUUCUGAUCCUGUCAUGGCAACUGGAUGGCACAUGGUUAUUGGUGGGCUUCCGCUUUUGUUUAUUUCUGUACUCAAUCACGAUCCUGCUAUGAAUGGGAGAUUAGUAGAUCUUACAUCCAGUGAUAUUCUAGCUCUUUGCUACACAUCUUUAUUUGGAUGUGCAAUCAGCUAUGGUGUAUUUUUCUACAAUGCAACCAGAGGUAGCUUGACGAGGCUCAGCUCCCUCACAUUUUUAACUCCAAUGUUUGCUUCAAUUUUUGGGUACCUAUACCUUGGUGAAACGUUCUCACCAUUGCAGUUGGUUGGUGCUUUAGUUACUAUACUAGCUAUUUAUAUGGUGAACUACCGUGGCAUAUCUGACAAAGCAUGAAGAAAUUAGCAGCUGAUACAUCAAUUGGUGGUAGGAAAUUAUGGGAGCAGUUAUUUGUAAAUUGGAACUGCAUUGACGUUUGACAAUGCAGUUUGAACCAGAAGUCUAGGCGAGUAAAAUAGAAGAAAUCAAAGGUUACAAGUUUUUGUCCAUAUGUUUUUUUUAGUGGAUAUUGAAGAUUUUGAUGAAGGUUCCGGCUGUGAAUGAAUCAUUAGUUGCUGGAUGUUAAAAACUGGGUUAUGAUGGGAUACGACUCCAACGAUGCAGCUCAGGGUUUAUAAAGAAUCAGGCACUUUGUGUUUUGUUUUUGUUUUGUGAUGGACAAUUUGGUUGGUUCUGCACUUAAUAAUGUAUUUUUUUUACAGGUGAUGACAUGCCAUUGAUGACUUUGGCCAUCUAUUUUGUACUGUAUUGUUAAUACAUGUAACUUUUCUGGUUUCUUGAAAUUGUAUAAUCAUUUUGAUGAAA